AAAUAAGUGUUUACAGUUUUUAUCUUUCUUCUUCGUUUCAAAACCAUGGGUGAAGCAAUGAGAGGUAAACCCAGUGAAAUCGAGCAUCUCUCUCUGCCAAUGACUGGGUACCCAAUAGAUCUGUUGAAGAGAUUCACGUCUGUGAGUAACCGGGCGAUCGAAAUUGAGGCCGCAACGGAAGAUAGUGAAGAAAUCGAACUGAAUCUCGGGCUUUCUUUAGGUGGUUGCUUUGGGGUAGACCCCAAGGAGAAGAGGCAGCUCAUACGUUCAUCUUCGGUCGCUGGGUUAACAACUUUUUUGCGGGAAGAUGAAGCUGUUACUCCACCACCUGUUGCGCCUUUGCCCAGAACUUGUUCGUUGCCUACUGAGACGGAAGAAGAACGGAGGAAACGAAAGGAGUUACAGUGUCUGAGGAGGAUGGAGGCGAAGAGGAAGAGAUCAGAAAAACAGAGGAAUUUUAGGGCUGGUAGAGAUCGACUCUCUUUGGAGGGAAGUGUUGAGGAAGAGAAGCGGGUUGAAGACGAAACUGCUCUAAAGGCCAUGGACUUAAAAGGGAAGGUCGAGGGCGCUGUUGCUACUGCUGCUUUGGUCAAAGAACAACAGCAAUUUAGGGUUGCAAAUAGAUUGUCUGCUACUGGGGCGCAGCAGUUUGGGGUUCCCAGUUGGGCUACAUCUCCAAGAGGUGCUGCUCUUCCUCAUGGGUUUGAUGCCACAGCGAACGAGAAAGGUAGCAUCUUAGCUGCUGCUGCUAUGAGAGGGUAUCCAGCGUCGACAUCACAGGGAUCGCUAGGAUCACAGGGAAGUAGUUCUUCUGGGAUUUCAGAUUUCGAGGGCAGACAGGUUCAAGGAGUUAGCAGUGGCACUGAAGCAAGAAGCCCUGCUAGUGUCCAAUCACUAUCGGAGCAGGUUGAACAGAAAACUGUAAUCAGCCCCAAAGCAACAACUGAGACAGCAGGCAAGUUGGUUGGAGGAGAAAUGGAUACAUCAGAGAAAUCUAAGAUAGUGGGGAAUGGAGUCAAUAGAUUGGAGAUGGGAAGGAAUGUGUUGGAACAGAUGCCUUGUGUGUCCACAACAGGAGAUGGUCCCAAUGGGAAGAGAAUAGAAGGAUUCCUAUAUAAGUACAGGAAGGGGGAGGAGGUGAGGAUAGUUUGUGUGUGUCAUGGCAAAUUUCUUUCUCCGGCCGAGUUUGUCGAGCAUGCCGGUGGUGGUGACGUGGAACACCCUUUAAAACAUAUAGUUGUCAACCCAUCUCCCUCCUUUUUGUAGUGGUGGUGACAUGGUAUCAUCCUUCAGUAAUGAUAUUACAAAAAGAAGAGAAAAGGAGGGACUAGAAUAGUAGAAGAGUAAGGAAAUUUUAAAGAAAUGGAGGAUGAGAAGCAACCUUUUUUUUUUAAUUAUUUGGGUUUUUUUUUCUCUUUUGCUAGAAGGGCGCUUUGAUUGUAUGGAGUACAUGAUGCCUCUUCUGCUAGGAAACAAAGUAGUUGUAAGUGCAAAGAAGAGAUUUUCACAUGUA